ACGCGCGCUAACAGAACCUCUGCGGAAACCAGCCAACUUCUUGGCACAUGUACCUUACUAUUUCACCUUCAAGUGUUACUAGUAUAACGAAAUGAAGCCCCAAACAGGAUUCCUGUCUCUUGCUGAAGAAAUCUUGUCUUACAUUCUGAGUUUCCUUCCUUGCCGAGAUAUUCUUCGGUGUACAUCUGUAUGUAGGACCCUUCGCCAGACGUACUUGUCCUCCUCCGAACUUCAGUAUAUCGUUGAAAUAAGUGGACAACGGUUGCUUGUUAUCUCCAACACGGACAAUAGCAUACCUAUUUCUAAGCGUCUGCAGCUUUUGAGAGACAAAGCUCACGCAUGGUUCAAGGUUGACAUCCACCCUCUCGAAAUGAUCCCCGUAACAAGGCCACCGCUAUCUCGAGACAAACUGGUUGCUGGUGGGCAUUUCUGCUUGUGGGACGCACUGUAUGAUACGGCCACGAUUUUUCCAGUACUUCCAAAGCCCUCACAACAGUCAAUCCGGCGAAACUGGCUCCAAGGAACGUUGUGUUCGGUUCCACACUCACACAAGCUUGAUGUGUUGAUGGAUCCAGCACAAAACCUAAUCGCUGUCGCUUAUGUCGUUGAUAACAAGACAGUCUAUAUUAACCUUGGAGCCCUGGAUGGUGAUGGUGUUCACCCUCAGGCUGCCGGAGAGAGACUGUUUCUGUCGGAUGACUCGGAAAACCGCCAUGGGAGGAUAAUUGGAUGGCUCAAAGGUUCUGGGACGCAUAUCGCAUUGUCGCGUUGGUCGGACAAUAAAAAUCGGACUUCGUUGGACAAGGUGUGGCAGCUGCAGAUUUGGGACUGGAAAUACUCGACAACAUCUGGUAGCAUCCUCAGUGGUGCAGUACUCAAUGGAUCCGUCAGCCCACUGGCAGUUGAUUUUUGUUUCCUCGGGAACAAUCGAUUGCUGGUUAUAACCGAUAACUUGAAUCUCUAUUCAAUCGAGGACAUGUCCCAGCCGCCGGAAUUACUGGCAUGUUUCCUGAUCCCCAUCCCAUUGGAGUUACGGUGCCUCUCUCCGAUAGAUGAUAUUGGGUAUGGCUCACAGCCGCAUAUGCAAGCCCAAGCGAUGAUGUGCACCUCAGACCCUAUGCAUCGACUCAUAUGCCUUAUUGCGCCUUCUGCUCGAGAUAGUACUCAAGUCUUCAUCAUUUCCACGAGGAUUUUCUUCGACCUCAACGGAGUGGCAGCAGCAACGCCAAUACCAUGGCAACAUUGGGGCCCCUCAAAUACUCGUAUCUUUCGGCACUCAUUUGGUUUCAAAUUUCACAUUAACGGAAACCGAGUCUUGCAGACACUCCCUGUCGGCACGCACAACACGCACUUUAUAUUACAACUAUUGGACUUUAGCCCGCUAGCUGUGACAAACAGGCGGGGUCUAGGACGAGUGGUGAUAGAGCCGUCCACGGCGUAUAUCAGUGCCGGUAAAUUCGGAUUUGGAGAGAGCUUGACAACAUCCCUGCCUUACGUCCAAGUCGUAUUUUCGGACAGAAAGUUCGAUUGUGCUGGUUCACUGUUGAGGAGCAUGUGGAUCGACAAGGAUGGGAUUUAUAUGUUCUCCAGAUCACCGAGCUUUAUUGACAGACUUGAGGUCAUUGACGUCCAGUCUGACUUAUAGAGCGGUGUGGUAUCAACUAGUCGAUGAUUAGCUAAGUACUUAUGGAGAUCAUUGGUCGAGGAUACCAUCUUCAUUCGACCAAGGCCUAAAAAUCUGACUAUAGGAGACUUUGUUUCAAGGAUGUGUUGCCAUAGAGUAUAACUCUCGAGGCCAAUCCCACAUACGUCCAGACUACCACUUAUAACUAAUGUUGCCCUGUCGAUGCCAAGUUUUGCUGGCCAUCUUGG